AUGGCAUUUCUAAGACUGUUUGGGCGCCUCAAAUCUGUAGUUAUUGGAAUGAUUCAUGUUAAAGCUUUACCAGGAACACCACUUUUUUCUAUGGACAUGUGUCAAAUCACAGAAGACGCCUGUAGAGAGGCCGAAAUCUACAGUGAUGCUGGAGUUGACGGCCUCAUUAUUGAGAACAUGCACGAUAUCCCCUACACAUUCAGCGUGGGCCCUGAGGUUUGUGCAUGUAUGACUGCUGUCUGCUCCGCUGUCAGGCACCAGUGUCCAUCUCUGCCUUUGGGCGUCCAAAUCCUGUCUUCUGCAAACCACCAAGCCUUGGCUGUUGCUCUGGCUUCAGGUCUUGACUUCAUCAGAGCAGAGGGCUUUGUGUUCUCGCAUGUCGCUGAUGAGGGCUUGGUAAAUGCAUGUGCUGGAGAUUUACUCAGAUACCGGAAGCAGAUUGGCGCAGAGCGAGUGUGCAUUUUUACUGACAUCAAAAAGAAGCACAGUUCUCACGCUCUGACCUCAGAUGUGAGCAUUGAAGAAACCGCUAGAGCUGCAGAGUUCUUCCUCUCAGACGGACUCAUCAUAACAGGAAGUGCAACAGGAGUGCAAACAGACCCACUGCAGCUCAAAGCAGUCUCCAAGGCUGUGAAGAUCCCGGUCCUGAUUGGUUCUGGAGUCACUUAUGAGAAUGUAGCAGAUUACAUGGAGGCCAAUGCACUGAUCAUCGGGUCACACUUCAAGACAGAAGGACACUGGGCCAACGCCGUGGAUCCUGAACGCGUGAAGAGUUUCAUGAAGAAAGUCACAGCCUUAAGACAAUAA